AUGCACACAUUCGACAAAAACGAGCUCAGACGGCGUGCGCGGGCCGCCGGGGCGCUCGAGACGUACUUCUCCACGCCCGACGGCGCAGAGGCGCUCACCGGCCGGCUCGGGAAGCUGGCACGAGUCACGUCGGGCCUCGGCGUCCGCGUCGGAACCACCUUCCUCGCGCUGCUCGCUGGGCUGGCGCCGCCGUCCGUCGGUCCGACGGCGCUGGAGGACGCGCUCGCGGCGUCGCCGGUGCGCGAGGCCUUCGAGGAGCUCGGCCCGACGUUUGUCAAGUUCGGCCAGGCACUCGGCUCCCGUCCCGACCUGGCUGGUGAGCGGCUCGCACUGCAGCUGCGCGCGCUGCAGGCCGAGAUGGCUCCGUUUGCCACCGCCGACGCGAGGGCCGUGAUCCAAGCCGAGUUCGGAGAGGUGCUCCGGCCGGACGCGCGCGCGGCAGUCGCCGCCGACGCCGUGCUCGCCCGGCGGGCUGCGGGCGCGCUCGAGUCGCUGCGCGUGCCUGGCGGGCGGCGGCUGGUGCGUCCGGCGCUGGUGGCUGCGGUCGACGAGUUCUUUUGUCGACUAUUCGAGGAGAUGGACUACGAGCGCGAGGCGGAAAACAUCGCCGAGUUCAACGCGGUCUACGGGCGCCGGACCGAGGCGCGGCGGCAGCUGGGCCGCGGCGGCGAGAUCGUGCUGCCCGUCGCGUACUCGCCGUGGUGCGGCGAGCGGGUGAUCGCCAUGUCUUGGGUGGACGGGUCUCCGCUGGUGCCUCCGGACAGGAGGGCGGGCGGCGGCGAGCCCUUCAAGCCGGCGGAUCUGAUCGGACUCUACCACCCUGACUCAACCUCGCUUAGCCUGCUCCAGGUGGCGCCGCCGCCGUCGCCGCUCGACGCGCUGCCGUGGGUGCGGCCACGGCCGGCUCUCGGCUACAUCGACUUCGGCCUCGUCUCGCACGUGCCUGUGCAGGUGCGCGAGGGCCUCGUCUGCGCGGUCGCGCAGCUGCUCUUCGCACGCGACACGGCGAAGGUCGCUUCCCUCUUCGGCGAGCUGAUGCUGCUGCCGCCCGCCAAGCUCGACGAGCCGGCCACGCGCGCCGCCCUCGAGGCCGCCCUCGCCCGCGCCGCGAGCAAGUUGCUCGACUACCCGCCCGGCGCAGCGCUGCCCGAGAUCCGCUUCGAUGCCCUGGUGGGCGAGGUUGCCGCGAUCGCGCCUGCCUUCGAGUUCGAGCUGCCGCCAUACUUCCUCAACAACGCGCGCGCGCUGGCGAGCCUGGAGGGCCUCGCGCGCGCGGCGGACCCGACCUUCUCCAUCGUCGAGUCCAUCUACCCUUUCGCCCUCACCACUAUCCUCGCCGGAGACGCAUCGCCGCUCAUGCGCCGCACGCUCGACGACUUGGCGACCGACCCCGCGACGGGCCGCGUCUCCGUCCGAAAGCUACGCAGCCUCGUCGACCAGCUCGCGGCGCUCUCGCGCAAGCCACGCCUCGCCGUCACGCUCGACGUGCGCGAAAACAUAGUGUCACACUGA